CACCACGAAGGUUUUGCCUCAGAGCCAGUCGAUCGGUGGUUGACGUGAGACCUGUCUCUACGUCCCAUCUUAUUUACUACGAGACCUGAUCGGGAAUAUUAAAUUGGAUUCCUCUGCGUUUGAAAGGGAGGAAUAAACAUCGAACAACGACUGUGGCGUAUAUAAUACAACGGGGGCUCAUCGACGUCGCCAAAUAUUUUCGAAAUUGCUGUUCUACCUUUCUAGACGUGGAAAAUUGAAUUCGUCUGCUUUUGAAGUUGUGUAUCUUGUGCUAGAUUCCGCCAUUGUGGUGUGUGUGUGUGUGUGUGUGUGUGUGUGUGUGUUUUUCUGUAUGUGGGGGUCUGAACUACCGUGUGGAUUUCUUAAAAGCCACUCGUCUUCCUGCUCGUUGGCCACCGUGUGGUAUCUCCAUAUCGAGUUCGAGUUUGAAGAAGAAGUUUAAAGGAAACAAAAGCCAGAAGAUGUGGAAACGGACGGUUUGGAUACGGACGGAUUCCAAUACGGCGAAUGGGCACAAAUGACCUUCGUCUCUACCUGAAGCGCCAGGAGAUCCUAUUCCGCGUGUGUCUCUUGUGGCAGCCAAGAGAGCCACCAGCUGGAUUUUGAGGGGCAAAAGAAUUAAACACACAAAUCAAAAUUCGUCAAAUCAAAGGAACAUUUUUCCAAAAUUGGGAUAUCACGGAAACACCUCCAUCCCCAUAGAAAAAGAAAAAAUUCUAAAAAAGGAAGGAAUCAUCUGCUGUUUGUGUUGGCUGAGACAUGGCCAGCAAAGAAAACGCCGUGGCCGUGGUCGACCCCCACCAGCUGGCCUCGGUGAUCCGCAGCAGUCGUUUAGACAAGGUGUUGAUUGUCGACAGCCGCAGUUUCCUCGAGUACAACGAUCUGCACAUCCAGGGGGCCGUCAAUGUCUGCUGCUCCAAACUGGUCAAACGGAGACUCCAACAAGACAAGGUUUGCGUUCGUGAUUUCCUGCAGCAAAACUGCCGUUUGGAUCGGGGACUGAUGGAAUACGAGAACGGCGACGUCAUCGUCUACGAUCAGUCAUCCGUCAGCCCAGAAUCGGUCAACCCAGACUCGUUCCUUCACGUCCUUCUCCACAAGUUGGUUCACGUCUUCAGGCAGGUGUUUCUCCUGUCGGGCGGAUUCCUCAAGUUCCAGGCGUGCUAUGGAGAUUUUUGCGAAGACAAAUCGCGACUGCUGCGAUCCUCGUCGUCGACCUUACACAACAUGACGUCACUGUCCCAGCCGUGUUUGCCCAUCACCAACGUCGGACCGACCAGGAUCCUUCCGUUCCUCUACCUGGGAUCACAGCAGGACGCUCAUAACCAGGACCUUCUUUCGGACUUCAAUAUAACGUACGAGGUGAACGUCAGCACCAACUGCCCCAAACCGGAUUUCAUCCAAGACAGCCACUUUCUCCGGCUGCCCGUCAACGACUCUUACGGAGAGAAGCUGUUGCCUUACUUUGUCCGCGCCACCCAAUUCAUCGACAAAGUCCGCGAGACCAACGGUUCGGUGCUGGUUCAUUGCCUGGCCGGCAUUUCGCGAUCGCCCACCGUGGCCAUCGCCUACGUCAUGCGCCACCUGCAAAUGACUUUUGACGACGCUUUCCGUUACGUCAAAUCCAAACGAUCCUCCAUCUCGCCCAAUUUCAACUUUCUCGGCCAGCUGCUGGAAUACGAACGCCAAUUGCGCGAGGAGGAGGUGCUCGAUUCCAGUGUCGGUGACGUCACCAAUUGUUUACAACCCUCAUCGCAAGCCACUUCCGCUUCUUCUGCGCGUUGUGCCGCCGCUGCUGCAACGACGACGACAAGUCCGGCGCCGGGUAGGGAGCGAUGCCUAUCGCGUUCCAUAUCGCUGUCCUUGUCACUCAAAUCGCCCGGCUUGGAAACGGUGCCGCACAGUUGCAGUCCCAGUCCGUCUUCAUCCGAUCACCUCCUCAAAACUCCGUUCGCUUUCGCCGGACUGGCCCCCGCCGACGAAGUGGACGCGUCGUCCAAAAGUCGCCCCGUGUUGACGGCUGAUCUCUCACCCACCGCGGCCCUGGCUCGCCUCUCCUUCGAGGCGUUCGAAGCGGCCGCCGCGGCCGCCGCGGCCGAGCGGAUGCCUUCGCCAGUCGAGUCGGAAAUCAAAGAGUCGUCCUCGUCCUAUUUGGUGGUGUCCAGACGGAAGCACCACACGCGCGAGGAGAUUUACCGAUCGCUGCGCCAGCGCAUGUCCAGCACGACGAGCAGCAGCACCGAGAUGAGUCACAGUUACUACAGUAGCAAACAAAAGACGGAGACGACCAGCAGUCGAUCGUCGUCGUCGAUGGUGUUGACCGUCAGUCAAAGCCAAAGGGUUCAGUCAUCGUCCAGUCCGUUGUCGCCGGCCACGCCGAGUUCGGCGGCCAAUCAACGCGCUCAUCGGUGGAAACCCGCACCGGUUAGCAACCCGUUGGGCAAUGCCUCUUCCCCGUCGUCGCAUUGUUCGGAAAUUUCGGUGCACAUUGAAGGAUCGAAGGCCGGCCAGCAGGAAAAAGUUGAUGCUGCUGAACGUGUCGAAGAGGAGAGCGAACAAGUCGAGGACGAAUGCGAACCGAUCGAAAUGCGCCGACGGGGUCAGGGUUUCCCCCGUCCGCAUUCGGAUAUCGGUGCGGGUUACCUGCGCCACGUCCACCAUCCGCUUCAGCAAACGCGUUCGGUGCCGAGGCGGACGAGUUACGCGCCCAGCGAGGCUUCGUAUUCGUCCAUCUCGGACGAUAUGCUGUUGUCACCUACACCGUCUUCACCUCCGCCUCCGUCCAGCAGCAGCAGUUGCAGUAGCCACCACAUGAUGGGUGGCCUCCUCAGCCCGCAGGGCAACCCGUGCAGCCAUAGCAGCAGCGGCAAUUGGGGCGGUGUGGUCAGCCCCGGCCUGUACGCCCGCUCCGAUUCGGUAACCACUUCCGGAUUGGGAUCGGAGAUAUCGGAUAGCGACAUGCGCCAAUCGCGAGCUGAUUUGGAUGCGUUGAGUCUCUGCAGUGGGAUGAGUGGUAAUCUGCGAUCCGGUGCGGGUGGUGGGGGAAGCAUCGCCGGGUCGGGUUUCCUCGAGUCGGAACCGGAUUUCGCUUCGUUACCGCCCGAUGAUGGAGUCUUCACUGAGCUUUUUUCUCCUCCUCCUGCACGACUUCAACCUCCUCCUCCUCCUCGGGGUGGAUCGUCGCGUCCUUCACGACCGUCUUCCCUUUUGGGGAUCAUUCCGGCUCGUGAUUUGGAAUGGAAACCUUCGCCGAGUAGUAGCAGUUGUUCGGAUUGGAUGAUGACGUCACUCGAUUCAUCGCCCACCUCUUGCAAUCGAUUUCCGUUGCUUCGCAAAGCACGUCCCACUUCGCUGAUGAAUCCCAUCGAUCCGUCGGCACCUUGCGAAGCAUCGGGCACAUUGGGCGAUUUAGCCACAUCUACCAAUCCUUUAUCCGGCCAAGACUCUGCCACGCGACCUGGUGAAGACGAUGUAUUGCCAGACAGCGCCACGGUAUUCCAGUUGUGGCGGCAAAGAGAAGCUGCCAUGGAACAGCAAUUAGUAGACAGGUCCAGUGAAUUAAGCAAUUCUUUAUCUGUCCGUCGCCGUAGCAGCAAAGAUAUCACGUCAGCCAGCCGGCUGCAACAUCCAUCCAUGGGCCCAGAGUGUAGUAGCAGCAGCAGUAGCAGCAGUAGCAGUAGUAGUAGUACGAGUAAUACUUCAACUACGUCAGUAUCGAGUAAACGUAAAAGCAGUUCGGAGAUGCCACGUGAUGGUGCCGGAUUCGAUGGAUUGUCUGCAGGACCUGAUGGAGGUUCGCCACCGGCUGUUGUUGAGAAACGCCGAUCCACACGAGAAGCCGGGGAGUUGUUUAUGAUGGAUGGACUUUACCGCUUCAAAAGCUGCCCGGACAUUGUGGAUCAGAUGAAAAACGACCAACGCGAUGGUCAGCUACCAAAGAGCAUCCAUUUGGAAUUGAAAUUAAGUAAUAAUAGCAACACAAGUCGCAGCAACGGCAUCAGUCAGCCCAGUGUGGUGCAAUUGAGAGUCGCCCGAUCACGCCGCGACAGUCAAACGCAGCGCUAUUCAUGUGGAGCACUUGACGGCAGUUUUUUAGUUGCCACCAAUAGUAAUUCCUGGGAUCCAUCAAUUAAUCGUUCAGCCUCACCGUUAGGCUGCGGCUCUGAACAUAAUAGCAAUACCAGCCUGAACUGCUUUUCUGUCAUUGAAGUGUCAUAAAGUUGUGUUAUCUAUUAAUUUAUAGGGUCUGAUUUGUUAGUUUUAGACCGCAAGGCUUGCAGUGUCGCAUAAUUUCCCCUUGAAUCCCACUUAACAGGCUGAAACUGAUAAGAUACUUUUUACUUGAAAUUUUCAUCAACCACAGGUCAAAGAUCCACAAUGUUGUUUGUGCAAUGGUUGUUACUGCGUUUGUGGUACCACAAUUUGUUGGUAUGGUAUUUGACUGGUGUUCCAAAAAUAUAAUUAUUCUUGUCA